AUGCUUCUUUUCCGUCCCAUUGGUGUUUUGAGGCCACGAGGUCUUAUAUCUUUCCAUUUGAACCGCUCAUUUCAUGUGUCGCCCCUUUCGUUGUUGUUCAAAGGCGGAAAUCCCGCAAACCGCAAAGUUGGAGGUGAAACCGAACCUUUACCCAAAACUGAGAUAAAGCCUGUUGCGCCCAUUUCUCCUAAACAAAGCGACGCCGCUCUUGAAGAAACAUACCGGAAACAUCCGAUCUUGAAGCGUGUGCCUCGAUUUCUCCGGCCCUACACUACGCAGUUUAUCGGAGCCCCAGUGUCUCAUGUGACUGCUUUUCUUAUUCUCCAUGAAUUCACAGCGAUUGUGCCCUUGGUUGGACUCUGGUAUGUUUUCCAUCAGCAUCAUGACUUGUUCAUGUCUGCGUCGAUGGACUUGCCUGCCUGGGCUAUCGAAAAGGGGACGAAAGUCAUUGAUCUGGCCAUGGCGAACUGGGACUAUGGCAAUUACUCAUUGAACGACAAGGUCAAGUUUAUAAUGGAGGGAGCAUACGCCUAUGUCAUUGUCAAGGCAUUGUUUCCUAUUCGCUUGGUGUUUAGUCUUGUGGGAAUGCCUUGGUUUGCCAAAUGGUUUGUUUUACCAUUCACCAAGAUGUUUUCAAGGAAGGCUAAGCCCAAGUCCUCCACACCUGUGCAGACGGUAAAGAAGGUAGAGAAGCCCAGGCUUUAA